AUGUGGAAGAGAAGGCAGAAAUUGUGGAAUAGCAUCAUAAAAAUGGAAUUACCUCAAUGGCCAAUAAAGCAGUCCCUAAGUGCCUCUAUGUGCCGCGAGACGCACUGGCGAUGCCUCCUCCUUUCGCUGCUCAUGUACAGCUGCCUGGGUGCCGUGACCUGGUGUCAGCUGACCCAGGUCACCAAGCUGAGCUUCGAUUCCUCCAGUACUUCCCUCACAGCCUCAAUGAACUCUCUCAGAGGAGGAGGUCGCGCCAUGAUAUACCAUGACAGCCCUUGCUCUGAUGGUUACAUGUACAUCCCCUUGGCCUUCCUGCUCAUGCUCUACGCCGUUUACCUUAUGGAGUGCUGGCACUGUCGCGCCCGCAGCGACUUACAAUGCAAGGCCAAUGUUGAGAGUGUGUAUGACAGGGUUCUGCGCAUGCGUCAAGCCCGACCGUGCGUCUGGUGGAAAGCCAUCAGUUACCAUUUCGUACGCAGGACUCGACAAGUAACGCGUUACCGGAAUGGAGAUGCCUACACAACCACGCAGGUUUAUCACGAGCGUGUUAACACACAUGUAGCCGAGGGCGAGUUCGACUACAGUUGCUGUGGAAUGAGAGACGUCUCGCGCAACUUGCGUGGACUGGAGGGUCACGCGGCAACACGGUUGCAUUUCUCCAAGUGCUUUAGCUUCACAGGAGCAGGACCUGAAAAUGCUUACCUCAACCAACGAGCCAGGUUCUUCUCAGAAAUCGAGGGACUGGAUGACUACAUGGAAGCCCGCGAAGGCAUGCUGCUGAAGAACGUUGACUUUAAGGAGCACCUCAUCGCUUACGUGGAUCCUGACCAAAUGCCGUGGUACACCUCGCGGGUCACCUUCUGGUUGGCGGCUCUCCUCAUGCUCUCCUGGCCACUGCGAGUUCUGAUCGAGUACCGCACGGCAUUUGUGCAAUACCAAGUCGAGAAACUCUUCGGACUAGAGUAUAGCAACAACAGUCCAUCUCCAGAAGCCGACGCCACCUUGAGAAACACUCGCUAUGGCCUUCCGAGAGCAGAAACGGUCGACAGUACGGAGCUGGAAUGGCACAUUCGCUCAAACCGCCAGCUUAUACCAAGCUACUCAGAGGCCAUGCUGAUGAACCUGGGGACUUCUGGGUCAAACCACAGAGACAGCAUUUCCUCCAACCGCUUGCUGUUGGACAGCUGCUCGACGCAGAGCUACGGGACACUGGUGCAGAACUGUGAGCACUGUUGCCAACACGAAGGCGGGCAAAGACGGCCAACUAUCAGCUCUAGCUGUUCCUCCAUCUUCUCUCGCCACACCUUCCACUCCCGUUUGUCCCUGGACACAUCGCACUUCUCGCUGUGCCGCAUGUACGGCUCCAGGCGCACUGUGGGACUGUGGAGGAGCCGCAGUAGUACACUUACAGAGCGCUGCGGCCCCGAUGAGCAGUGCUGCAGGUCUUACACCAGUCAGCUUGCGCUUAAUGACAGCCCACCGAACUACCAAGAUGCCCGCUUCUUCCCAGUCCUCAUUGUACAUCGGCCUGAGGGCUGUGGGGACUCCUCUGAGGUGAGGAGAUAUUAUGUUCGGAGAGGCUCCUGUUGUGUGGAGACUUCGGUUUAA